UCCUCAGCCAGCCGCUACGAUUUGCUGCGGGCGUCGCUUGCCGCCGCGGAUAUGUGAAAUAGUACGUUGGUUAUAGCGGAAGGAAGGAAGUACUUUCAAUAGGCUGGCGUGUUCGGGCCACACCGGACGUGCGAGUGCAGCAUCGCAGGAAACGAUCGACGUCCGACCGGACACCGCGACCACCUCUACUGCUAGCGACGGACAAGCUUCAAGCGGCUGGCUAGCGGUGGCAAAGUACGGCGCAAGCGACAAGCGCGAACCACGAACGGAACCGACGAACGCCUGCGCCUUGUCUAGCCUGGGCUGAGUUUGGCUGACCUGAUGCCUGUCUGCCUUGGCCUAACUUGGGCUUACUUGAUCGAGCUGCAACGCGAGGCCACUUACUAUAACUGCUACCACUACGACUGCUGCUGCUGACCGUGUGUCCCGGAUCUCGUCCGGACCACGCCGAUCCACACGCGCGGAUCCGACGUCUUUGCGAGGCGAACGGCACGGCCGCUACCAGUCCAGCGAGUUGUCGGAGGACAGCUUGGGGGCUGGGACCGAGACAAACUGAACACCGGAUCGAAUCGUCGUUGCCGGGGACGGGCGACGCGUUUAAGACGUCGAUCAGACAACGCAUCACCGCGAUCACAACCACGACAAGACCGCGGGCAGGACCCGAGGCUACCGGGCCUUGGCCGUCUGCUGUCGGCGGGCCCCUGUAGGCCUUCCUGUGUGCCUGUUCAUUUACACCGGAAUUGCAGUCUGGUCAUUUCAAAGUGAAAAGCAUUUAACGGUGACUCAUGGUUGAAAUCAUCUGUUGUAGCAUCUGCUCUAAACAUCACACUACUACCCAGCAAUAGUUGCAGUUUUGAGGCAUAAACAGCGCCCAUUACCCCAAGUUCAACCGCAUUAAGUACGCUUAAAACACAACGAUAACUUAAUCUAGCAUCAAAUCGUCUUCAGGCUAUGUUCCACAUUGAGGAAGAAGUGCCUAGGAACCUUAAGAUAAAACGAAGCUUAUCUCUGGGGCCUUUAUAGGAAUGAUGAUAGCAAUGGUAUCAACCGACCAUAAAAAUAGCCAUGAUGUGUACGUAGUUGUGGAAGAACAACCCGCUACGUAAUCACGUCGGUUUUCUUGUGCGUGUUUAUCUAUGGGCACUGUGCUAGCGUUUAAAUCCACGCUCGUGUGCUAAGUUCUGUCGUGUUACCACUUCUUGCUUAACAGCAGAGACCCAUUCCCUCGAGCAGUUGUCUUGCACUGUUUUGUAUAUUAUGUAUUAGUGCUUUAGGGACACAGAAACUAUAACGGUGCUCGCCAUUAUAAUCGACAUCGUCUGCACGGGAACCGGCUACGGCCAUAUCAAGAUUGUGGGAAAUACAAUACACACAUUGUACACAUACUACCUUUUCAUUUUCAUUUAUACAUAAAACAGAAAUAUUCCCUACCUACGGUGAAAUUCUAAUAAAAACUAAAUAUCGGUGUGUAAAAAAUUAGGUGCAAAUGCUUUUAGUUAACAUUAACUAGAAUUUGACUGUUCUAUUCAGUUUUUCUAAAAGUUCUUUCUUGAAAAAUCAACAAAUUUGUUUUUCUUGUUCAAAAAUAUAUGUGUUUUCAUCAUAAUAUGUCAAUGUAUAGCUCUACAUAUUUCGACGGAAGUUUUGCGUGCAGAAUUUGCCUACGUUACUGAAGAAAUGUGAGUUCGCCUGGGUUUGGGCACGCCGAAAUUCCGUGUCCUCGAUCCACCUAGAUCCAAAGAAGCCAUUAUUCAGACGACCCGCAGACGAGUCACUCACGCCUGCUUUGCUGUUCGAAAUCAACCUAGAAGUCUCGUGGAAAGGGAGAUCCUUCGCGGUAGCGACUUCAUUUAGGAUGAUGCUAACAGAAUCAAAUUAUCGUAGUUCAUGGGCCGGGGGUCCAUCACCUUCUCCCCCGCACGGAGUGGGAUCCGUUGGAGGUGCGACGGUCUUGGGGAGCGGCCAAAUCCAACUGUGGCAAUUUCUUCUUGAGCUUCUUUCGGACUCCUCAAACUCGAGCUGCAUCGCUUGGGAGGGAAGCAAUGGCGAGUUCAAACUGACCGAUCCUGAUGAAGUAGCUCGCCGAUGGGGUGAACGGAAGUCUAAACCCAAUAUGAGUUAUGAUAAGCUCUCAAGAGCACUUCGCUAUUAUUAUGAUAAGAACAUCAUGACUAAGGUGCACGGCAAACGAUAUGCUUACCGUUUCGACUUUCAAGGCUUGGCACAGGCCACACAGCCCCAGGGACCUUCGGCGCCUUUAGGAGUCGGCUCGUCCCUGGACUCUGUCGGGGUUGUGUCUUCAAUGGGCGUUGGUUCUUCGUCCGUAGGCGCUAUGGGAGGCGUUGGAGGUGUAGGGGGUAUGGCUUCUGCCCACCAUUCCACUGGUUACUUCCCGAGCAAAUACCAUCCGCAUAGUUCGGUCUCGGUAUCUGCCCACAGCGAUCUGUUCGGCCAGUCAACAACGCCCUACCACCACGCGGCCGCCCAUGCUAAACUGAACUUUAAUUCAUCAAGUCUCUUCGCAUCAAACUACUGGUCAACUAAUGGAGGCGUCUGGGAACCACCAACCUGCAGCGGUAGUGCUUCUCACGGGACAUCAUACGGGGGUUAUCCUUGGCCGGCGAGCUCUGCCCCAUGUUCCGCACCUCCGGCGCCGUCAACAGCUCUCUCUCUAAACUCAAGAACGACGCCUGGGUCGAGUUCGCCGACGGCGUCAAAUAAUGGCCAAACGGCUGACACUAUAAUUAGUUCGUCAACUGCCGGCUUGUCGUCAGUUAGCAACAGUAUAAGUUCUUCGUUCUCGGGUUGAAUUCUGUAAUCGAUUCAUCAUUACAAAAGAAGUCCCUUUGAAACUAACUGAAGCCAACGGUAUGAAGUGGUGCUGAGUGGCUUAAAUCAAGGUAGACCUCAUGAUGAACUUUCGUGGACUAUACCAUAUUGAAGUUGAAUGUUUCGCUGUAGAUGCACAAGCCGGUUUACUGGCCCAAUGGGGAAAAUAGGCAUCGUGAACAGUGCAGCUAAGCGCGCAGCAAACAUAUUAAAUACCAGGAACAGCGGAACACAUCACGGAAAAAUUGCAACUUAUGUUAUUUACAAAAUCAACUUCAGUAGUCAAGAAUAACGGUUCGGACAAGCUGAGUAUGUUAGAAAACUAGAGCGUGUUAAUAAUCUUUUUUUUUAGCAUUGUCACAUUGACGCCAUAGAAGUAGACAUUAUGACCCCACAUUUUAACAAAAACAGUAGAUAUUGAAAAUGGCUGAAAAGGUUUAAUGAGCUCGAGAUCAGACCAAGUUGGACUCGAUUGGAAGCGAGAGUUGGAUGUCAAAAACAACAACAGAAAGUCCGCAAUUAGAAACGACUCAGUAAUCCUUUCCUAAACAAAUUCAUUCACGUAGCAUUACCCGAUGUCAUAAACAACCCCCUAUGAACAAAAUUCUCAGGGGGCGAAGGUAGUCUUGAGGUGUAUACGUGAAACGCACCUAGGUUCAUAAGCCGAUCGUAUCAGCUUGUUUCUUAUGUGUCACGACAGAAGGAGGAUUGAAGUGUAUAGAAACUUGCGUUUUCUCAAGGAAUUAACCAAGAGCUACUGAAAAAAGUAUCUUCUCUAAAAAGCAACGGCUUCUUCGGACCCCGGCGAAUUCCCCUCACUAUAGCAAUAUGCAAUAUUCUAGUAUCAUCAGCCAAAAAAUAAGAUCGUCAUUUUUCAAACCUGAAAUGCUUUUUUGUGCGUCCUCAGCGUUGUAAUAACAUGUUGACAUAGUUAUAUGUAAACACUACAAAAGAAAUGUACUAGAAGAUGAUAAAAAAAACGCUUAGAAAAUUAAAUUUAAAAAAAAAAUUAGAUUAAAAAUAAAGAAAAAACUAGAUUAAAAAAAAGCACCGAAGUUGGGAAAAGAUUUUUAAAAAAAAACGAAAAUAUUAUUUAUAGAAUCGUAAAAAUGUACGGUAACUUUAUCUUUAAUCCUAGAAAUCUGUAUGUGCGUUUUUGUGUUUGCUUCGUUUGUAAUAUGUGUGUCGACUAACUGUAGUUAGAUGCUAUCAUACUGAUACCAUGUAUUUCUAACUUUCAUGAUUUUAACGCGAGACAUACACAGUAUGUUAACAAUAUCAUAAAUAGAGCGCAACGAGCAGGCGUAUCCCUGGCAGGGCACGACCUCUUUAAAGGAGCCUUUCUAGCCAAGCAAAUUUCCAGCUAACUAAUCAUCGCCAACGCGUCACCCCUUGCUAUUGUAUACGUUUUCAGUUAAAAUAAUCGCCAUUUCUGCGUUCUGUUUCGGAAAGGAGUACUCGAUGCGAUUGGUCGGGGAUAUAUCAUAGUCGAGGUAAUAGUUUGUUUCGAUUGUGCUGGUAUAGUGUAUCGGCUAACGAAUAAACGGCCAUACGCCUAUCACACCUCAACUGACUAGGACGCGGAAGUAAUUCGAAUUAUAAAGGAGCGUUCUUAAUCGUCGAAUAGUUCAAACGGCGGAUUUUGCCUAUAGACAGCGACGUGCUAGCCAGUGACAGGGUGAGAACAAGAACGAUCUAUAAAACGCGAUAUUUACCAUAAUAAUAAUAAUAAUAGGAGAAAUA